AUGCUAGAAGAGGAAUAUUUGUCUAGUUCAUUCUUCGAUGGCUCGGAAAAUCCUCUAGCAUUGAAGUUGAAUGAUGACGUUUCCCAGACACUGUCGAAUUCUCUCUUUAGUGAACCGCUCGACAUGGGUAUAGGUAAUCCGUGGGAUCGCCCUGCUGGCGGUGUCGAUGUCGGUAGCAUACUGUCUGACGUAUCACUGCCAGAAAUAUACGCACAAGCCUUCGCCUACGGCGGUCCAGUGGGUGGUACAGUUACCAUCUCCACCUUGAAUAGAGUUCUCAGUCUUAGUGGACUACCGCAUGCUACAGUCGAAAAGAUCUUGAAUCUUGCUGUGCCUGCUACGAGUACUCAUGUAAAUCGAGGCGAAUUCAAUGCUGCUCUCGCGUUAGUCGGACUUGCUCAGAAGAAUAUGGAUGUAUCGAUCGACAAUUUAAUCGCGCGUAGAGAAGAUUUGCCAGAACCUUCACUCCCGAACGUAGAAAGUCUAAGCUACAAUAGUCGUACGCUGAGUUUGUCCAGUAGGCCACAACAACCUCCUGCACCUGCCAUUGAGGCAGAUCCAUGGGCAGCACCAGCACCUACUAAUGGUCUCUCAGAUUCGCCUUAUGGCACUGUGACAGAGGCUGCCGCGCCAAAUAGUUAUGCCAAUGAUACUUUUGUUCGAAGAGAGGAGUUUCGAUGGUAUUUAAAUCAUAGAGAGCAGAUUACAGUGAACUUUGCCUCUGAAAGAGAAGGGUUUUUGUUCAUGAAACAUGUAAAUUACAUUGUGGAAUGUUCGCUUCGGAGCACUAGAGUCAUAAGGCGAUAUAGUGAUUUCUGGUGGCUAAUGGAGUGUUUAGUAAAGAAAUACCCAUUCCGUAUAUUACCUGCUCUGCCGCCAAAAAAGAUUGGAGUUGAUGAGGCCUUUCUCGAAAAGCGGCGGAAGGGGUUGGCGCGUUUUCUAAAUUAUAUUGCGCGGCAUCCGGUGUUGAGGCAUGACGUCUUGUUUGAAAUGUUUAUAUCUGAGCAGACGGAAAUAGCCGUCUGGCGUAAGAAUAACACACCGGAUUUGACAGAAGAAUUUAUCAAGAAACGAGUACCACCAGAGUUGGAACGGCGUAUACCAGACGACCUGGAUAGUAAGCUUGAAAAAGUCAGUAAGCGCAUUGAUGCUUCCAUUGGACAUUAUCGUCAUUUAUGCAGUCUAUUGGAGAGGAUGGCGCGACGUCGUGAAGGGUUGGCGAGCGAUCUAUCGAGAUACAGUAUGACAUUGAACGCAUUAGUUGAAAACGAGAGGACUUGCUACAUAGAUGACUGUUAUCCAUGUACUCAAGUAACAUAUGGCAUGGAGCAGGUCUCGAGUCAUUUACAGAGAGCAAGCAUUCUCUUGGAAGAAGAGGCAUCGAUGUUGCUUGAGAACGUAUUGGAAGGUCUGAAGCGACACCGUGAUUUGCUGGAGGUACUGGAACGAAAAGACAGACUCUCUGUCGACAAUACCGAAACACUUAAUGAUCGAAUAGCAGCCAAUCAGGCCAAAUUAUCAACAGAACCCGGCAAGGAAAACGCAAACGUCGACACCGAACAAAUAUCAGCGAGCAUACAAAAGGACCAAGAAGACGUCGAAGUCCUGCGACAACGUUCAGUGUUUGUUCGUCACUGUCUAAAUACUGAACUUACGCUUUUCCACAAGAGUGCCGCCUUCGUAUCGCUUCUCUAUCAGAAUUUUGCUAACCAUCAAAUCAAAUAUGCGCAGCAAUUACACGAGAAUUGGAAAGCUCUUAGUCCUAAAGUUUAUGAGAUGCCAAUUGAUAUGGAUUUGGCCGAGGCAUGA